GCCCGCGCCGGACGCGCCGCGCCGGAGUCUGCGCCCUGCCGAGAGCCCGCUCGACCCGGCCGCGCGGGAAGGAUGAGAAGCUGCGCGUGCCCGGGGCGGGGCGGCUGCGAGCUUAUUUUGUAAAGUUCUCAAGAGCCAGGACAGUGACUUCAACUCCAGAGCGUGAAGAUAGUGACCUGCUUUGCACAUCUGUCCACCUUGGGUUUUCUCCAGUAGGACCUGGCCCCAAAGGGCUUCUCCAAAGGGCUGGUCUCUGUGGGCUUUGUCUGCUACCACCCAGAAACAACCUCAGGAAACCAGAGCAUUGAAGCCAGCGAUUUCUGUUUGGAAAUAGGGUCGUCUUCUGCUGCUGACCUCCAUCAAAUCCCAUCAUGCCCACAGCCCUAUGCCCCCGAGUCUUGGCUCCGAAGGAAAGUGAGGAGCCCAGGAAAAUGAGAAGCCCUCCUGGAGAGAACCCUACCCCCCAGGGGGAGCUUCCCAGCCCUGAGUCUUCCCGGCGCCUGUUCCGCCGAUUCCGCUACCAAGAGGCUGCAGGCCCCCGGGAGGCUCUGCACCGCCUCUGGGACCUGUGCCGGGGCUGGCUGCGAAUGGAGAGGCACACCAAAGAGCAGAUCCUGGAGCUCCUCGUGUUGGAGCAGUUUCUAGCCAUCCUGCCAUGGGAGAUCCAGAGCUGGGUGCGUGCCCAGGAGCCCGAGAACGGCGAGCAGGCUGUGGCUGCAGUGGAGGCACUGGAACGGGAGCCAGGGAGACCCUGGCAGUGGCUGAAGCACUGUGAAGACCCUGUGGUGAUCGAUGAUGGGGAUGGCCCCCCGGACCAAGAGCAGGAGCGUUUGCCAGUGGAACCCCAGAGUGACCUCACAAAGAGCCAGGACGCUCAGCCCGCAGCCUUGGCACAGGGCCUGGGGCUCCUAAGUAGACCACCAGGCCAGCUCUGCGAAGACCCAGAUAACGUCUUUUCCUGGAGCUCUGGAGUACACAAACUUACAGUUCCUCAGGAUAUUGUCCUUCAAGAGGAAAGCAUGAGAGAUGCCCAGCAGGUGACCACCUGCCACCUGCCCCCGAACCGGGUUUCUCCAUUUAAGGACAUGAUUCUAUGUUUCUCUGAAGAGGACUGGUCCCUUCUAGACCCUGCCCAGACUGGUUACUAUGGAGAGUUCAUCAUUGGAGAGGACUACGAGGUCUCAGUGUCUCCAAAUGAAGCACCAGCCCAGCCAGAUCUUUCCCAGGGAGAGGAGAGCGAGCCACGGGUUCCAGAGUUUCAGGACCUCCAGGGCAAAGAAGGGCCUCAGGUCCCCCAUUUGGACUUUCCUAGUCUUCAGCCAUUCCAGGUGGAGGAAAGAAGGAGGUGGGAGGAGCUACAGGUGCCAGGUCUGCAGGCCUGCCCACAGGUGAUGCUCCCACAAAGCAACUGUCCAGCCGGAGGUGACUCGCCACCCCUAAAGAAUGGCCUUGACCAGGAAGUGACCAUUGAGAUCGUCCUGUCCAGCUCUGGGGAAGAGGACUCCCAGCACGGCCCGUACUGCAGGGAAGAGCGAAGGAGCAGCCCGGAGAAGCAGCUGAGCAGCGCCGAGGUCCGGGGCGAGGGGCAGGCCUCCCAGAAAUCCUACGUGUGUCCAAACUGCGGGAAGAUCUUCCGCUGGAGGGUCAACUUCAUCCGGCACCUGCGGAGUCGUAGGGAGCAGAAGCCGCACGAGUGCUCGGUGUGUGGGGAGCUGUUCAGUGACAGCGAGGACCUGGAUGGGCACCUGGAGACCCACGAGACCCCGAAACCCUACAGGUGUGGCGUCUGUGGGAAGAGCUUCCGCCUCAACGCACACCUGCUCUCGCACAGGCGGAUACACGUGCAGCCAGACAGACUCAAGCCGGUGCAGAAGAGAGAGAAGCGGGAGUCAGAGAGCGAGGGCGGGGGCCCAGAGCCCCUGCUGGAAAAGAGCAAGGCCAAGCCGAGCACACAGUGCCGUGACUGUGGGAAGGGCUUCCAGAGGCAGGACCAGCUGCUCAGGCACCGCAGCACCUUCCACCUGAAGGACGAGGGGCGUCCCUUCCGCUGCCGGUACUGUGUGAAAAGCUUCGUGCACAAUUGCGACCUCCUCCGCCACGAGCGCCUACACAUGAAGCGGCGCUCCAAGCAGGCCCUCAACUCCUACUGAGCCCUCCCGGCGCAGCCACGCAUUGUACCCCUGCCCAGGACAGAGACAGCGGCUCUUCCUGCCCUUUGCUCUCAGGUAGUCUCCAACUUCUGGUGCCAUGGGAGCCCCCUUCCUCCUCCCCAGAUAAGGAGAGUGGCUUGCCCAGCCUUCCUUCCCAUUCUGCUGUGCCAAAAACCAGGGAAGGCAUGUCACCACCAGCUUCAGCAUGCUUCAUAUGCGUGUCGUAACGGACCCCCCCCCCACACACACACACCGUCUGGGACUCUCCUUAGAUCCUCAGCACACUCCCCCCAUCCUCCCCCCCCAGGUCAAGGGUAACUCUAGUUCCUGUCCAACUGCCAGUGGGAUGAUGGGCUGACAGGAAGGCCGUGGGACUGGGGCCCCAGUAGAGAGCAGGGCCAAACACUGAACUACGUCCUGUUUCCAGAAGCCAGCCCCAGCCCACCCUGUCCCAGGAGCACCCCACAGGUCCCAGAGGAUCACCAAGCCUUUAGCCUUGGCAGUGGGGGUAGACAUGCUCUGGCAGCCACGUGGCACGGAUGGGGAGCUCAUCCCAAGCAAGCUCCCGUUUAACCUCUUGCCUAUCUACUCCAACCUGCCUUUUUAUUUUUUUAAUCCUGAAGGUCCUUAGGAAAUGUGUGUUCGAUGCUGAGUUGCAUGGCCUUUAAGUUCCUCUUCCAUUCUGUCUGGGAGUGUGUAGCUCAGCCCUGGAGUCGGGGCUCUCUGGGCAGACGGCCCGGUGAAGUUGUGUCCUCCAUCGAUGCUGACUUGGAGGUGGUUGAGUUAAUUUCCCACCAGUAUUGCAGCACAGUAGCACAUGUCAGGGGACUACACUUGGACUUGGCUGCAUGUCCAGGUCGGGGGUCUGCAGAGCUGUUUUUUUCUGAGGCUGGAGGGACACUUGGUCUUACCCCAGACUUGCUGGUGUUUGGUCACAUUACACCUUUUUCCUUCACCACCACACAGCAGUUCUCCAUGUGUGUCUGUCUCCAUAUUUCCCUCUUGGAUAAGGAAGCCAGUCCCUGGCUCAGAGCCCACCCUACCUGUGCCAUAUAGCCUCAUCUGUAUUUGCAGUAACCAUUUCCUAGAGUCCCAUUCUGAGGUACUAGGGGUCAGGACUUGAACCUUGGGAUUUUGAGGACACACAGUUCAAGCCACAACUCCAACCUUAUGGUACUGUUGAUGGUCCUGACUCACAUGAGCCAAUACAAGCUUCAAUUGACUUGUUUGCCAUUCCAAUGAAGGUAGGAUCCAAACCCAAUAAUUGGCAUUCAGGGCUGCUGUUGUCAGGAUGGAAGAAUCUUCAUCCAUAGCCUUUAAAGGUCAAAUCCUGGGGGUCUGGACUGUGAGUGACAGACAGUUGGUAGUAAAACCUCAAACAAUCAACAACAUGGUCUUAAUUAUCCUGACAGACUGGUGAAGUGGGCCAGGCUUCGUGAGGAGGCAUGGAGGCUUGGGUAUAGCUGCGGCGGGGCCUGACACUAACUAACAGGCUGCUCCUCUGUGUUCUGUGUGAGACAGGAAGCCUGGGAAGAUGAACUUGAGGCUCCUGGUGCUCUUUGUCACUUGAUUUUCACUUCAAGAAGCCUCUACCCCAACCCAAUGAAAGAGUUACAUGAUUUUAUAACUAAAUUUCUAUUUCUGAGUAGCUGCAUCUAUAUGCCCAGGAAUAGUAAAUGCAAUAAAAUUAUUUGGUCUUAACUUGGAACAAGGAAUAAACUGCUAAAUGUCUGGUU